AGGUGCCAGAUAUCCAGGUGGUGGCCUGGGAGCUGGAGCUUUGAAACCUGGGAAAUCAGGGUAUGGAGGUUUAGGUGCAGCUGGAGGCAUGGGAGGUCUAGGAGGAGCAGGUGGAGGUCUAGGAGGAGGUGCUGGAAGCCCAGUAGGAACUGGCUUUGGCACGGGUACACUGGGUGGUCAAGGCUAUCAGCCAGGUUAUGGUGGCACUGGUGCAGGGGGACCUGGAAGUGCUCCACUUACACCUCAGCAAUCAAAAGCAGCCAAAUAUGCAGCUCUUCAAGGCUUUCUAGGUGCUGGAGGCUUCAGAGGGGGCGCAGGAUGCCAAGGCAAAUACUGCGGAAGAAGGAGGAAGUGAGAAACCAGCUGAUAAAAGUGACCUCAUAAACCAGUGGUGCUACUGCCUGAUCUCAAAUGCACUUUUUUACAGUUUAAAAGUGCCUCAUGUAAUAUGUGAGCGAUUUGGACUUACACUAAAGAAUUUUUCAGCCGUGUGAUUAGAUGUGAUGUGAACCAGGCACUCUUUGCACUGCCUAAACUCCCUUUACUUUACUUAUGUCACUAUACAGUUUCUACAAGUUUAAUAUGAUUGUUUGAUUUUUUUUUUUUUUUUACCGUUUUAUCAUUUAAUGUUAAAAUUCUGCAGUUCCAGCUGUGCAUCUCUUCUGGUUUUGCUGCAGUUGCUCACUUACACUUAGCUGUGUAUUUAGACACAUGCAAUCUAAGGACAUGUCGCUGCUAUUUGAGGCUGAACUGUGUCUGUGGGGGAACCGGCAUCAUUAGGCUUCAUGUUCUGGCCACCUAUCAUAAAGUAAAGAGAACCUGUUUUCUUUCUAGCUAUAUGCACUAUAUGCAUAUGAGUUCAUGAAUCCAUAUUUUGUUUUUUUUCCAGCAUCUUCGUUCAUUCAAAGCAUAGUCACAUGAAGGAGGCUUACCAAUUUUAGUCUUAUAAGAACAAAAUGCUUGUCGUAACUGCAGUAGACAGCAUCUAAGUACUGAGGAUUAUAAGCUGUCUUCAACGAUACCUCAGGAACUUGAAGCGGUUUCUUUUCUAGUAUCCUGACCUUAGUAAAACCUUGUUUUUGUUUGUUUGUUUUAACGUAACUCUUAUUAAAUUAAAAUGUUGGGUUUUUAAGGAUAUCUAUGCAUUUAGCCUAACUCGUUUUUUUUAAGCAUCAUGUGUUGUGAAUGUUGUAUCUGUGUUUGUAUAAGUGCAACUAUUCAAAUGUGACAUGAAAGUAUGAUAAAGGCAAUUCAUCUAGUGAAUCUUCUCGCAUUGUUUAUGUUUGUUUCUUCAUGUUUAUGCACUUGUUACUUGUGAAACUCCAACACAUUUUUGUAUGACCUUUAAUUUUUUUUGGGCCU